AUGGAUCCCAACAAUAACCGUUUUAACACCCAAAAUUCUACUAAUUAUCCUUUCAACUACCCAAAUUCCAACAACUAUAUAUUUCAAAAUCAAUCUUCCAACAAACAAGGUCCCCAAAAUAUACCAAAUUAUGGAUUUCCUCCGAAUUUCAUAAUGUCGUCAUCUAAUCCAAGUUAUCGCCCAUAUUAUGGAAUGAUGCCAUAUUCAUCUCAAACACCCCCUGAUUAUUCUUCUACUCCGAUGAGAAAUGAAAAUAUUUCGAAUGUUGGAGUUGAUGAAUUUCCUGAGUUUUCUACACAAAUGGAUAUUGGUGCCAUGAGAGAUAGUGUUGUUGGGAGAAACCAAAAAAGUGAUUCAUAUUGGGGGGAAAUUGCUGAUUAUUGUAAUGAGCAUUGCUCAUUUGAUCCUCCCCGUGAUGGAGCUGCAUGCAGAAAUCAUUACAACUACAUGAGCAAAAUACUCAAUAAAUGGAUUGGCACUUAUGAUAAUGCUAAGCGUAUGCAACAAAGCGGGUGGUCGGAGAAUGAUGUAUUGGCAAAAGCGCAUGAAUUAUAUUCAAGUGGUAAGAGUGGACAUUUUCUUUUAAUGUCAGAAUGGCUUGCUGUCCGUGAUCAACCACGUUACGGUAGUCAGGUAGGAGGAAAUACUGGAUCUGGAAGUAGUGGAUCUAAGAGAGUCCAUGAGAGUGAUGCAAGUGAUUCCAACUCUGUUGGAUCAAGUGCUCGCCCAAUGGGGAGGGAUGCAGCUAAAAAAAAGGGUAAAAAAAAAAGCAAGGGCGCAACCUUGGAAUCGGUCAAUGAAGAGUGGAAUGAAUUCAAACAAUUUAAGGAGAAAGAGUUGGAACGAUUGGACAAAAUAGCCAUGAGGCAAGAGGAGGCUAACCAAUUGUUGAAAGAAAAUACUGAGGCUAAGAAGAUGAAGAUGUUUAUGAAGCUAAGUUCAAAGGAGCAUCUCGAUGACCGAAGCAAAGAGUUGUUGGAAAAGUUAGGCCGCGAUCUAUUUGAAAAUUAA